AUGGUCGUACUCUUAGGUUUAGGCCUCCAGCAAAAGUCAGUCGAUCAGCUUGCUGGUGAAUUUGAUCGAAUACUUAGCCCGGAGAGUGGUGACUUAGCCAGUUCGCGCAUUCUCGGGGAGCAAGACAACAAGCUUGGCGACACACUUGGCUUAGGUUCUUUCGUAGGCUCUCCAAAUUUUAAACUCGGCACCGCAAGUGAUGCUGUCCUGUCCGGAUUCGUUUCCAGUAACCAGACUUUGGCUCUUGUCAGUCCAUGGGUGAAGCGCAUUCGCGGCCUGCUUUAUGUAAUAUUGUGUGAACUGACGAACUGCAUUAAUGCUGUGCUUGGAAAAAUAAGUGAUACGGAAGUAGCCGAUGGAAUAAUGACGCUUGAACAUGGCACUAUAUCUGCAAUAAAG